GAUCCUCUCUCACAUCUCUCUCUCUCUCUCUCUCUCUAAACAAAACACUGUAUCCAUUUCUCUCCUCUCUCUCAUCUGAGGCAGUUUCAGUGAAAUCAGAUGAAGACGAAAUCAUCUAAAGAGAAAUCAUCUAAAGAGCGCAGGGCGAAGGAAAGAGAGAAGGCGAAAGAGAGAGAAAUCGAGAGACAAAAUAAUCUCCAGCGACGAGACAUUUCUACAAACACCACCACUGCAACCGAGGCAACUGCAGUGGCCCAAGCUCCAGCCCCCGUCCCGGCCCCAGCCCCUGAAACGACGGAGUCGAAGCCUUCUGUAGCAGCGGCUUCUAUAGAGGCAGCAGACACACAGGCAGCAGCUGCAGAGGCAGUACCAGCAGAGCCCGUUGAAGCUCCAAGACGCCGAUCUGGCUCCCAUAAAAGAAAAGCAGCAGCCAAUAGCGGCAGCAGCGGUGUCUCUCCCUUGCCCCCACCUUCCAAGCGCCACGCGAAAGAGAAGUCCCAUACUGCUUCCCUUCCUCUCCGCAACGGCCCUUUGACUCGUGCGCGACAGUCCCCCAACAAGGCAGCAGCAGCAGCUGCUGCCGAAGCAGCUGCAGCCACUGCUGAUGCCGCCACCGCCGAUGCCGCUCCACAGAAGCCGACCGAUCCGUCGCCACCAACCCCUCCUGCUCUGUUAUCUGUUGGAGAACCUGCUGCCCCUUCCGUGGAGCCAGUCCCUGCCAUUGAGGAACCGCUGGCUCCAGAUCCGGCUCUCCUUGCCGAAUUUGAAGCCAUUAGAUCCCGUGACACCAAUGUCCAUGUGGUCCCAACACCUGCAGGUUGGUUUUCAUGGACAAAAGUUCAUAAGCUCGAAGAAAGAGCCCUAGCUUCAUUCUUCAAUGGGAAGUCCGAAGAACGGACUCCUGACAUAUACAUGGAAAUUCGCAAUGCGAUCAUGAAGAGAUUUCACUCAGACCCACAGACAAAGGUUGAAUUGAAAGAUCUGUCAGAGAUCUCAGCUGGGAAUUUGGAUGCGAGACAAGAAGUCAUGGAGUUCUUAGACCAGUGGGGUUUAAUUAAUUUCCACCCAUUCCCACCAAAGGAAUGUGCUGCGGAUGCUGUGGACGCAGACAGUGCAGCUAAAACUGCAUCUUUGAUAGAAAAGCUGUUCCGUUUUGAAAUGGUUCCGCCCCACGAUAAUGUGGGUCUGGGGACGAACUCGUCUGCGCCAGCUGUGCUGCCUCGGUUGCUUCCGGAGUCUGCUAUUGCUGAUGAGUUGGUGCGGCCUGAGGGGCCUUCAGUCGAGUACCACUGCAAUUCGUGCUCAGCCGAUUGUUCCCGCAAGCGCUUCCAUUGCCAGACACAGGCAGAUUUUGAUUUGUGUUCAGAAUGCUACAAUGCUGGGAAAUUUGAUUCUGGGAUGGCACCAGCUGAUUUCAUACUAAUGGAAUCUGCUGAGGUUCCAGGUGCAAGUGGCGGGAAUUGGACUGAUCAGGAGACACUGCUCCUUCUUGAAGCCUUAGAGCUUUACGGGGAGAACUGGAAUGAAAUUGCUGAGCAUGUUGCCACAAAAACAAAGGCGCAGUGUAUCUUGCACUUUGUUCAAAUGCCAAUUGAGGAUUCAUUUCUGGAUGGCAAGGAAGAUGAUAAUGGUGGUGUCCAGGGAUACUCUGACCCAAGUUUGACCAAUAGAAAUUCAUCUACUCUGGAUGUUGUUGAAAGAAAGGACAAGAAAACUGAAGGAAGUGAAGAGCAGCCCAUGCCUUCACCUGUAGAGAAAGGUUCAUCUGAUUUAUCUGUUACCGAAACAACAGAGGGUAAAAUUGCAGCUAAGGAAGACCAGCCUGUGCCUAAACAAGAGGGCAUGCCUAAGCCAGGAGAUUCAGAGGCAGCAGUAGAGGCUGGUCAGGAAAUGAGUGCCAGCUUUGCAGUCCGUGCUCUGAAGGAUGCAUUUCAGGCCAUUGGUUCUCUGCCCGACCCUGGGGGGUUGCUUUCAUUUGCGGAUGCGGGGAACCCUGUCAUGGCACUGGUGGCAUUCUUAGCAGGCCUGGAAGAGCCUGGCAUGGCUGCUGCUUCAGCCCGGAGUUCACUUAAAGCUAUGGCUGAGGAUUCUCCUGGAAUUCAGCUGGCUGCAAGGCAUUGCUUUCUGCUUGAAGAUCCACCAAGUCACUGGAAGGAUCCCCCUGCCUGCGAGAGGUUUUUGACUCGUUCCGUGGUCACGGUGGUUGAUGGGUUACCUCAGGAAAAGGACAAGCAGGUGUCGGUUUCAGGGGGCGGUGAUUUGUCGAAGAAUUGCAUGGACAAGAACAAUGAGAAUACAGUUGCUGCAGGAAAGAAGUCGAUGGUUCCUUUUCAAGAUUGUGCAGGAAAAUCGCAUAUUGCUGGAGUGGAUGAUUUAGCCUCAGCAGAAAAGGUCAUACCAAGUACUUCGAAGGUAUCAGGCAAGUCAGCUUCCCCUGGGGUAGAUACACCAAGUACUGCAAAGAAAUCUAAUGAUGUAGCUUCGGUGGGGGAGGCACCACCAAACACUGGGAAGGAAUCGGGUGAUUUUUCUUUGCGGGCAGAGGACAGGCAAAAUACGGAGUUGACAAAGGAUGUGGAUGCGUCAGAUACAGUUUCUUCAGAAGUGAAAGGGCCUCAGCAAGCAGUUGAUUCUAAUCCAACAGCUGCAACUGGAGAGAAUAGAGGUGAAAAUGAUACAGCUGCAACCCACACUAAAAGCGAGAAGAAUCACAGCCCAACAGAAAGCACUGAUGAUCACAAUGCAACUAGGAUAAAACGUGCAGCACUCACUGCACUUUCAGCUGCUGCUGUUAAGGCUAAGCUUCUUGCAAACCAGGAGGAAGAUGAAAUUCGAGAACUUGUCUCUUUGUUGAUUGAGAAGCAGUUGCUUAAGUUGGAGACCAAGCUAUCCCUCUUCACGGAGAUGGAAAGUGUGAUUAUGAGAGUAAGGGAACAAUUACACUGGGCGAGGCAAAAGCUUUACCACGAGCGGGCCCAAAUAAUUGCAGCCCGCCUAGGUUACUCUGCACCAACGUCUAGACCAAUUGCGCCAAUGGCGCCAUCAGUACCCAUGGGCAAAGUUCCAAUGAAUUAUGUAAACCCAGGUCCAAGGCCACCGAUCAUGACCUCUCAACCGACCUUGACCCCUCAACCAACCUUGAACCCUCAACCAACCUUGGCCCCUCAAAGGCCACCAGUUAAGCGGCCCACGAGGACAUUGACUCCUUCAAACUUACCUUUCCCUGGCACCACCACAGGAAGUUCAACUCAUACAACUCAUACAUUUGGCCAAGAAACACUUCCUUUGGCGAGAACAAAGCCAGAACAAAGUUAGGAUCCUGAGUCCAUGGGAUUUUUGUACUUCUAUUCAUGUUUAUUCCUUUUCCCCAGCUGUGGCUGGCCGGCCAAUGUCCACGGUCAAUCAUGCCAAGUUUUGGCUUGUCAGCAGGUGUGGCCGAAUGGGUUCUCAUAUCGGAGGAGCGCUGGUUGUACUCAGACAUGAUGUGGAUGGUUUUCAUUAUUGUAAGUUUGUAACACGUUGGGGCUGUAAACUUGCUCUUGUUGUGGUGCUUCCUCGCUGUACGAUCCUUUUGAAGCCCUCCCAUCCCAUUCCUAGCUUCCUCCUGUGAAGAAGUGUUCCAUAACAUCCAGUAGUAUGUAUUGUUUUUAGAAACCUUCUGUGAAGAAAAUUGUGACAGUUCUUAUUGUCAAACAAACAGUCCAGGUUUUUCCUGGUUUUUUGUUUUUUUAAGUGGGAUGCAGUGAUCAGAAGCUA